AUGGCUUCGCUGUACCAGAGGUUCACCGGGAAGAUCAACACCUCGCGGUCCUUCCCGGCGCCCCCGGAGGCGAGUCGCCUCCUGGGCGGCCAGGGGCCCGAGGAAGACGGCGCGGGACCCAAGCCCCUCGGAGCCCAGGCGCCCGCGGCGGGGCCCCGGGAGCGCGGCGGCGGCGGCGGCGGCGGCGCGGGUGGCCGGCCCCGGUUCCAGUACCAGGCGCGGAGCGACUGUGACGACGAGGACGAGCUGGUGGGGAGUAAUCCUCCACAAAGAAACUGGAAAGGCAUAGCCAUUGCUCUGCUUGUCAUUCUGGUCAUCUGCUCCCUGAUUGUCACCUCGGUGAUACUGCUGACACCAGCGGAAGAUAACAGUCUGUCUCAGAAGAAGAAGGUCACCGUGGAAGACCUGUUCAGUGAAGACUUCAAAAUUCACGACCCCGAGGCUAAGUGGAUAAGCGAUAAAGAAUUCAUCUACAGAGAGCAGAAAGGAAGUGUGAUCCUGCGAAACGUUGAAACAAAUACUUCUACGGUGCUCAUAGAAGGCAAAAAAAUUGAAUCGCUAAGAGCCAUCAGAUAUGAAAUAUCUCCGGAUAGAGAAUAUGCUCUUUUUUCCUACAACGUGGAACCAAUAUAUCAACACUCCUACACUGGAUAUUAUGUCCUGAGCAAAAUUCCUCAUGGGUAA